AUGCCACAACAUCUCCUAAAGAGCAUAAUACACAAAGGUUUACUAAAGAAUUCAAGACUGUUUAGAAAUUAUGCUCCAAAAACCAACGAUGAAAUAUUCUUCCAUCAAUAUGAUCAGACAUUUAUGACUAAUUCAUUCGUUUAAGAUUGUCUAAAAUAACAAAAAUUAAAAAUCCCUGUAGAUUUCUUUAAGGAGAGCAGAUUUGAUGACUUUGCAGAAGACCUCAACGAUCUCUAAGUAACAAGGGAUAAAAAGUAACAAUGA